AUGAGUGAGGCUCCUGCAGAAGGCGCAAUCGUAGAAGCGGCGAGCCAGGUGGCGUCCACAUCCUACCAACCGCGUCCCGCACGCAAGCAGGUCACCAAGGCCAAGUUCGAUGCCAUCCGCGAAGCAUUCAGCGCUAGGCCCGAGUCCGCAGGCACCUUCAACAUCUGGUACGAAAACUACGCCGGCGUCGACAGGGAAGAGAACGAAGCUCAAAAGGCAAAGCGAGAGACGAGAUGCGACAUUGCUCGGGACUCUGGGUACACAAGAGCCGAUAUCACUCUCAAGACGCAGGCAGCACGUAUGCAGCAAGGCGUCUCCAUCAGCCCAGACGAAGCGGUCUACUGUUGCAUCCACUUUGCGCGCGGUUGUUGUCCACACGGCGUCGAGUGCAACUUUCUUCAUCGACUGCCUCGCUCCAACGACUUUCCUAGCCAGGGUCGUGACUGCUUCGGUCGCGAAAAGCUCGGCAACUACAAGGACGACAUGAGCGGCACCGGCUCGCUCUCCAAGAUCAAUCGCACCCUGUACGUCGGUCGCAUCCACGAAGAGCACGGCGUCUCCUUACCUUCUGCUCCUGCUAAUGCUGCUUGGCGCGAUGGCGGCAAAACACUAAAAGGAGGGCGCAGCAUCAAUGAAGUCAAGAAACACAGUGGUCCUCGUCAACGACAGGAUCCAAAGACAUAUCGACCGCAGCACAACUCGGUGCGACCUGAGACUGACAACGCCACCGAACGUGUCAUUCGACGUCAUUUCAGCGAGUGGGGAGAGAUCGACAAGCUGCGCGUUCUUACCGGCAAAUCGUGUGCAUUCGUCACGUUCAAGUACGAAGCCAACGCGCAGUUUGCAAAGGAAGCGAUGCUCAAUCAGUCGCUCGAUCACAACGAGAUCAUCAAUGUCAGGUGGGCCUCGGACGAUCCCAAUCCAGCAGCGCAGAAGCGCAAUCAGGAGCAGAUGCGACGUGCGGGAGAACGUGUCAUCAUGGCGGGCAUGUCGUCGCAGGCCAUCGAGGCUCAGCAGGCGCUACGCGCACUCGAAGGGCUUGAACACGAAGGAGGUGAGGAUGUCCACUCAAAACGCCGAAGAAUCGCUCAGCAGAGCUACGACCAGGAGCUACGCAGGCUUGAGGAGGAGAACGAACGUGGGUGGGCCGAGUUUGAGCGGGAAAGACAAGCCGCUGCCGCUGCAGUAGCAGUAGCAGCAGAAGGAGAAGCUCAAGGAAAUCACCCUUUGGCCGCUGCAAGCAAGGCCAGUGCCUCCGGUUCGCUGCUCAAUUCGGAGACAAUGUCUCAAAUAGCAUCGCUUCAGACGCCUGCAUCACUAUCAAAAAAGCAAUCUGCACCGUCGACGUCCAAUGGGCUUGGUAGUCUAGCGGCGUACGGCAGCGACAGCGAAGAUGAAGAUAGCUAA